AUGUCGAUGGACGAGAUCGUCCCCAAUCUCUGGGUUGGGGAUCUUCCGAGCGCGCUCGACGCAGAGAACCUCCGCGCGCACAAUAUCCGCAGCGUGCUCACUGCCAUGCGUGGACGCGUCUCUAUUCACGAGACGUUCAUACGCCACCAAAUCAACAUCGACGACACCGAGACGUCCGACAUCCUCCAGUACUUCGUACCCGCUAUCACGUUCAUCCAAGCAGAGCUUGACAAGGGCUAUGGAGUCCUCGUACACUGUCAAGCCGGCAUGAGUCGCAGUGUUUCAAUUGCUGCCGCAUACAUCAUGGUUACGCAAGGCUUGGAUUGUGAGAGCGCGUUAGAGCUGAUCAGGAAAGCACGACCGGACGUACAGCCGAACGAGGGCUUCAUGCGACAGCUGGAAAUCUUUCAUCAAGCGUCUUUCAAAGUCUCCAAGCACGACAAGGAGACGCGUCUCUUCUACCUGGAACGAGUUGUGAACGAGGUCAUGAACGGCGACGGAGACAUUGAAACAGACAUGUUCCCCAAGUUCCCUCAGAGCCCAACUGAUUCCCCACACCCACAACCAAAGCGUAGGAUACGAUGCAAGAUGUGCAGACAAGAACUUGCUGCGCGAGAGCACAUGCUCGACCACGGUCAAGUGGGCCCCCCUACCCCCGCCGUCCUCUCCGCUGCUCCUUCGCGCCGACCAUCGAUGAAUGAACCCAAACCCUUGAGCCCAUUGGCUUCUGGUGCCCCCGGACCACGCCGUGCUUCUCUCGGCGCGGGAAUCAAGCCCAGCAUGCAUCAUCCCAUGGCACCAUCCGGUUCCGGCAUUUCUCGGAGACCCUCCCAGCACGAGCCACUCCCCCGCUCUCGCCUUGGCUCCAUUACCGAGGGUCGCCCUGUAGUUUCGGCGUUGCUUGCCCUGGAUAGCAGCUCUGCCCAGAUAGGACAAGAUGCCUCGGACGCCCUCUCUGAAUCCGCUAUUGACGAAGACUCGGACGACGAUGAAGCUCUCAAGACGGACGAAAUUGCAAACAGCCCCCAGAGCGCCACCCUCGUCGCUAGCCCCGCACCACUCACACCCGUGGCCGACCCUGAGACUAUAGUGAAACCCCUUCCCCGCCGGUCUUCCGAGACUGCGACCAAGCCCCCACUGCGCACAUCGCUCUCAGUCUCGAGCACAUCCGUGCAUCCGACGGACCUCGCCGCGCAACUCGCCGCACACCCCAAGCUCGCGGUACUCCGCCCAACGGGUCUAUCCAUGACUCCGAUGAGCCCCAAUAUACCUACAGGAAGUCCAUCUCCACCAAGGUCCGCCCAGCAGUGUCCAGACGCCAUCACUGCUCUGAAGAACUCGAGUUACUUCACGCCCGUGAGCCCGCCUAUCCUCGCGAACCCGAAAUGUUCUGGAUACUUUGUCGAGCCGAUGAAGUGGAUGGAGCCGUUCUUGGAACAGGGCAACAUGGCGGGCAAGAUCAUGUGCCCCAACAAAAAGUGCGGUGUAAAGCUGGGAAACUACGAUUGGGCCGGUGUGUGCUGCAGUUGCAAGGAAUGGGUUGUUCCGGGGUUUUGCAUCCAUCGCUCCAAGGUUGACGAGGUUGUAUGA